UUAAACUUGGGAAAAUUUCAUUGUACCUUCUAGAAAAUUCUCAAUACAAAAUCUCAUGUCACAGUUUGUGAGUCGUUGCGACUCAAUUUCGCACGUGUCAAUUAUCCGCACGUGUCAAGUCAACCGCGAUUGAACAAUUCUCCCCCAAGGGGCUGCGCCAUUUCGCCGAAGAGAGAAGCCUUGAAGUGGUGACCUGAGAGAUCACACAAACUACGCCAUCACACGCCCUUUCAUCAUCAUCAUGUGGAGAAGAAUCGUCUCUUCUCAUCUCAAAACCCUAGCAACAGCAGCCGGUUCCGCCGCCGCCGCCUCUGCUUCUUCUUCCUCUCGCCGAUUAGUGGUCGUCUCCAAUCCCGUUGGUCUCCAUCACUCCACCACCCGAUCAUCCAUUUCCGCAUCUUCAUCUGUUUUCCCUCGCCAUUUCAGCUCCGAAUCAGAGACAUCUGUGAAGAAGAAUAAUGUACAGGAUGUAAUGCCUAUCGCAACUGGACAUGAGAGAGAGGAGCUUGAAGCUGAACUUGAGGGAAGGAGGCUGCUUGACAUCGACUUCCCUGAAGGUCCUUUUGGUACUAAGGAAUCUCCCGCUGUCGUAAAGUCUUACUAUGACAAGAGAAUUGUCGGAUGCCCUGGUGGUGAAGGCGAGGAUGAACACGACGUAGUAUGGUUCUGGCUAGAGAAAGGAAAGUCAUUUGAAUGUCCAGUGUGCUCUCAAUACUUCGAGCUCGAAGUGGUUGGUCCAGGCGGACCACCAGAUGGUCACGGUGACGAUGAAGACCACCACCAUUGAUUCGAGUCUUUUUACUCAACCGCAAAAUAUUUUCUUCUAUAUUAGUGUGAGUGGAAUAAAUAUAUCUCGUUGGUGAGAACACUGGAAUAUGUUUUUUUGAUCCUCGAGAGGACACCACCACUUUUAUAUGCCUCUAGGCUCUCUAACCCUUUUUGCGUUAAAAAAAUCUCUUCAGACUUUUGUUUUUAUGAAUGAUUCUCCCGAGUCAGAAUCAUUCCUCUCUUUUUGAAUUAUAA